AGUAGCUGACUAAGAUCUUCGAGCUUUGUGGUACCCCUGACGACACAAUCUGGCCUGGUGUCACAAAAAUGCCAUGGUACAACAACUUCAAGCCUCACCGGCCAUUAAAGAGACGAGUUAAAGACUUCUUUAAACAUUUUGAUCGGCAUGCACUGGAUCUGUUAGAGAAGAUGUUGACUUUAGAUCCAUCACAGAGGAUAUCAGCAAAAGAUGCACUUGAUGAGGAAUAUUUCUGGACUUCACGAGCGAUGAGCGCGACCGUGAACACCAUGAGGAUACGGGCCCCCAGAUGGCGUCGGCUGUGCAGGCGGCCAUGAUCGACGAAGCCUCCUCAGAUCCGUGCUCAUCGCCACCAGGGUGAUAGCCUUUGUAUCUCGAUCCUGCUCAGCAUCUCGGUGGCCGUGCGGUGCCAGUUGGUCCGGUCGGGGCAGCAGGCGCUCCUGCCACCCGCCUAUCCCUGAGGGCGCGACCAAAGGGAGUCCACGAUGAGGAAGCGACAGGGCCGAAAUCAGACAUGAAUGCCAUUGAAGGGUUAGUACUAAAUUCUUGUCCAAUUAAUCAGUUACUCUCUCCGGAGUAAUAAUUUUUAAGCAUGGAAAAUAUUCAGCUACUAUCCAAAUGUAGAGACAAACAAAACAUCUGAAUCUUACGCGUACCAGAGAGGGUAGAAGAAUAACCGUCAGGAAAAUCAUCUUAUAUCUAUGUUUUAUUAUUAUGUCAUUGAACAAGUGUGUAUUGGGUUAAAUUUAGAAAAAGAAGUUUUUUCUUCA